AUGUGGGACCAUUUAAAGAGGCAUAGCAGAGCCAGCAAAUGAGCUUCAGAGGACGUGUGUCGGCUGAAAUUACUGUUAUUUUCUCUUCUUUUCUACAAAGCUCAGUUGAUGUGGAGGGAAAUCUUGUGCUGUAUGUUUUCUCGUGCUCACACAAAACAAAAAGGGGGAUUUCGAGACACGAGGACAGAUGUAAGCAGAUCAACAAGAUCUGUAAUGUGUUCUGUAAUGACUUUGGUUACAAGUUCUUCUGAGGCCUGCAGGAGUAUAUCGCCAUCAAUUCAGGAGUGAAGGGGACGGAAUGUCAAAUGUAAUAACUGAAGAGGAUUGCUGGCAGACAGACUAUACUGCUUUGAGAGUUUGAAGAUAAGUCAGGGGACAAACGUCUGAUCUUACAAACAGUAAUCUGGUGUUGUUCUCAUGGAAAUCUACAAAACAAUCUCAUCUGGAAACCUCAGCAGAUGGAUUAUUUAUUUUUUUCUGCUUGUGUUUGUAAUAGUAAAUGAAGUGUCUCUGCAGGAGUCUGUUGAGGGUUUUAUUGGAGGUUCUGCAGUUUUACCUUGUUCUUCUAAAGAACCACCGCUCACAGUUCAAGACAUAGAUCUAGUGCGCUGGAGACACAAUUACGACCAGAAUGUGUAUGAGAUUAUUAAUGGUCAAGACUCUGUGGAAGAACAGGAUCCAGUGUACAGGAACAGAGUCGAAAGCUUCCCCGAGGAGUAUCUGAGAGGAAACUUCUCCAUCAAACUCAACAAUCUUCAACACACUGAUGCAGGAGAAUACACGUGCUACAUCUUCAUGAAGGAACAAGUAUUCAGGAUUGUUGAACUUUCGAUUAAAGAAAGAUCAGAAAGACAACUCCCCAGUGAAGGAACAAACCCAAAACCGGAGAUUAUUGUAAUGUUCAUUUCUAUUCUGUGCACAGGCAUUAUAUUUUCAUUGACUAACUCUGUCACAGCGGGGUUUUAAGGAGUUUUAGUCAUCGCUCACUUCGACUCGACGUCAUCUACACAGGUCUAUUGAAACAUCUGUAUAUCAUCUGUAGAUAUUAAUUAGUUGUUGUUCAUAUCUUCAUUAAUCUGUGAAGCCCAUCUAAACCUCUGCCCAGCGGUGCAAAUACCAGCAUGCACUAAACAUGUAAAAGCUCUGUUUGUUCUAGAUGAGCUGCUUGAUGGAGGCAGACAUUUAUGAUCUCUGGUGCUAGUGUUACAGUGAUGAGAGAACUAUUUUACCAUUUUACCAACACUAAAUUACAAUUUAAGUAUACGAAAGGCUGUGAAAAUGUUUUAUUGUGAACCAAUCCCAGGCCUCAUGUGACGUGCUGUAAAAAAUACAACUUGUAUGUUUCAUUACAAUCACUAGGACACAUUUCUUAAUACGUAAGACACUUUUUCAAAACCCUCCACCAUUUCUCCUUAUAAACAAUUUCAGUUUGGCACAGCAGCUAAUUUCACUCAAAUGCACUAAAACUAUGAAAACACUACAUACUUUGUCCCAAAUCAAAUCAUUCAUGAGUUCAUUAUAAAUGGCCUGUCCAGAAACCAAUGGUACUAGUCAUGUAUAGAUAAACAGAAAAUACUGUAAUGUGCACUUAUUCAUUUAGCAGAUGCUUUUAUCUGAAAAACAACAAACGAUUCAUCAUAAAGAGGCAAAUAAACUCAAGAAGUGUGCAUAAUACUAAGUUUCAGACAUUGUUUAGAAUAGUACAAGAUAAAAAAACAAAAAAACAAAAAAAACGGGAAGCAUUGAGGAGUUUGUGCUCAUGGGUGAAAUAAUUUUCAGCAGUAUUUUGAAUAUUGUCUGGAAUAAGGCAUUAUGAAUGGGGUUGUGAAGAUUCCACCAGCCAGGAACAGUGAAUGUAAAUGUUCUGGAAAGUGAUUAGUGCCUCUCUGUGAUGGUACCAUGAGGCGUCCUUCACUUCAGAUAUUAGGUUUCAGCAGGGGAUAUUGUCUCGUAAGAGUGAGUAGAAGAAGAAGAGUGCACACUCAGAGGCUGAUAUGUAUACAAGCAUUAAAAUUGUGAACCUUGUGAGUUAAAACCAGUAGACAGUGUAUAGAGAUAAAGAGAGGUGUGACAUGGGCUCUUCUGGGUUCACUGAACUGAGAUAUCCUGCUAGACCUUUUAAUAUAAUCUUUUCUCUUUACCAUUAUAUAUUAACUCUAUAUUCAGCUACUUUUAUAUGACUUAUCUUUGUAUAGUUUCUUAAUAUUCAUAAUAAACAUGACGGGGUCA